CAUCGUUAUCCAUCUGUCCAUGAAUACGGGACAACAGCAGUUAGCAGCUGGCGGCCGCAAUAAUGUCUGUUGUGGAUAAAAUUAAACAUUAUCAACGAAAUAUUGAAAAAUGCGAUGACAAUGAAGAUAGAAUAUUACAUUGCAUUUCCAAGCUGUCCAAUUUGCCAGUGACGGUGCAACACCUUCAAGAGACCGGCGUUGGUCGCACGGUGAACGCACUGAGGAAGUAUGACGGUGGAAUAGGAGACGCAGCGAAGGCACUCGUCGCCAAAUGGAAAGUCAUGGUUGCUAGCGAAGAAACUAGCGAAGGCGAAGACGAGGACGAAGCGUGCGUUCCAGAUGCACCUGAAAGUUAUAGCGACGGUCGUGAAUCUCCAAAAUCUGAAGAAAGUGUCGCAAGACACAAGAGCCAAGAAAGUGGAAAGCAUAGGCACAAGAUAGAAAGAAGCGAAACAUCAAACGUUGUGCACGGUAACAAACAUGCGUCUAAACAAGAAUCAAAAUUAAAAGUCGAUAAACCUCAAGCCAAGAGCAAUUGCGAUGUUGCAAAAAGUUCUGGGAGCGAAACAGAAAAGCAAAAGAAGCAUGAGAGAAACAAGCACAGCCAUAAGUAUCAGUCGAGAAGCGAAAAAGAAUCUUUAAAGGAUAAUAAAAGUGCCUCUAAGAAAGAUGAUGUUCAUAGUUCCAAACAUCAGAAUCAUAACAAAUCCGAUAGCUUGGAGAAGUAUUCUAAUAAAUUGUCCGAUAGUACUUUGUCCAAAAGCAGCGAAGAAAAUCAGAAGAAACGGAAAAUCGAUGGCUCGAGCACCGUGAGAAAGGAAAGCAAACGGAGAAAAAAUUCCGAAAGCGAGAGCGACGAUAGUAAAAUCCAAGUACCUUCAGCUUUUGAUAAGCAUUUGAGCAACGCUACGUCUAGUACAAUUAAGAUAAAAGAGGAGCCUAAGGAUAAAGAGGUGUCGAUCAAAACUGAGAUCAAGCAGGAAAAGAAAGACUCGCCGGAGAAGUUUAAGAGCAGCUCUAGCAAACACAGAAACGAUCCAUCUGGUAGCAAAUUAAAAGACAACGGGGAGAAAUUCAAGUAUAAAGGCGAGGCUCAAACGAGCUGUAGCAAAGACGAAAUUAAAGAAAGUUAUCAUUCCAGUAAGGAAUCGUCAGAGUCAAAGCAUAAUAGUUCCUGUAGUGAUAAGCAUCGCGAUAAGAGCAAAGAUCGAAGUAAAAAAAAGGAGUACAAAGAGGGGAAAAGUAAACAUGAAAGUAAAUCUAGCAAGGAGUCGAAGCAUUCGAAGCAUGGAUCGAAGGAACCAAAAGAAUUGUCAAAGACCAAACAAGAAAUAAACGGCGACGAGGGGAUAGAUUGCAAUUCCGGGGCUAGUUUUGCAGAGGCACUUGGUAUGUGCACAAUGGCUCAGCCAUCUAGAAAACGUAGUAACAUUACUUCGAACCCGACUUCAACGAAACUGAUCAAACAAGAACCACCAACUGUGAAUAAUAAAAAAUCAGUACCAAAAACUGAACCGACGAGUAGCGAUCCUUUACAACCACCAUCUCUUUUAUCAUCGACCGUAAAAUUAGAGCCGUUGAGCAUAGAUUUGGCAUCCACAUUGCCUGAAAUUAGUCCCAAUUACAAGCCAUUACCGUACAUAAAUCCUAUGCAUCGCAAAGAAGAGGACAAAGCUCUUACCGAUGUGAUCUACGUUAAAAAUCAAAGAACAAAAGUGUACUCGGGGAACAAAUCCAGUUACACAAGUGUGCCAACUCUGUUCGAAUUGUGUACGAGAGUACUGAUAGAAAACAUUGACGCACUCGAAGUUACCGGUGGCGUGCCUUUCGAUAUAAUAAAACCUGUUUUGGAACGCGCGACAGCCGAUCAAUUGUUCAUGUUGGAGCAUCACAAUCCUUAUUUAAUCGAAGACACAGAUUGCUUGUGGCAGUUCCAUUGUAAUCGAGAAUUUAGAAAUAAACAGAGGGAGGAGAUGGAAACGUGGCGUGAAAUGUACAUGCGCUGUCUGGAUGAAAGGGAAGCAAAAUUAAAAACGCUCACCGCUAAUAUAAAGCAAUCGAUCGAUAAAUCGAUUCCCGUGAGAUCCACUAAGCUUGCAUACGUUGACAAUGUCGUGAAACCACCGAGGAAUAUUCUUAAAAAACAAGCCAAAUAUGGUACUGCGAAUUCGGUACCUAAUACUGCCUCUAGUUUAAAGAAGAAAUUAAUUAGCGGUGGUGGCCCCGCAGCUGCGACGAACAUCGCUGUUCCGCCACCGCCUAUGCCUCGUAUAAAAACAACGUCUGGUAAUAUGAAGAAAACAAAAGCACCACUAAUGGCAAAAGCUCUGCAGUUGAUAAAGGGACGUUACAAGCGGUAGUUUAUAAAACUUUUAUCGAUAUACAACUAAUUAAGUAAAUCAUGCAUCAAGUCAUAAAUAAAUCAUUUUGCGUUUAUGCAUGAGUCAUAUCAGACACUUCCGGUUACUUCAUCUACUUACGAAACAUGUAUGUAUUCCGAACAGAAAUAUGUUUACGACUUUCCGCAUGCCGCGUUAACGUCAGACUAAUUGUGUAGCGCUUUCAUGUUUGUUACGAACGUUAUAAUCGGUCUCUUAAAUUGUACGAG